AUGGCAUACUCACAGCCCUUCCCACUGGCUCAGCCUCCCCCAAAAGUGCAGCCGCCAACCUACGGUCCUGACCUUGCCGUGCGACUAAUCUGUCCCGAGUGCAGGGAUCCAAAUCCUGCCAUCGUCGAAGAGUUUAGUAGUGGGGACCUUGUGUGUGGUACUUGUGGACUAGUGCUAGGAGAUAGGGUAGUUGAUACCAGAAGCGAAUGGAGGACAUUCGCCAAUGACGAAGGUGACGACCCAUCGCGUGUUGGAGCGGCAUCCGAUCCUCUCAUGGAGGGCAUGGAACAACUGGACACGACGAUAUCAUUUCGGGAUGGUGGAUCCGGGAUCGCGCGCGAACUUCAGCGUGCAGCAUCUCGCUCCCAGGCCUCGCGAUCUGAGCGUAACCUCUUGCAAGCAUUUCGGGACAUCGCUUCGUGGUGCGAUCAAUUUUCAUUGCCCAAGACCAUCUCAGACAUCGCGAAACAAUUAUACAAGCGUUCAGACGAGGAAAAACUACUUCGUGGCAAACCGCUUGAUGCGGUCAUCGCUGCGUGUAUUUUUAUAGCGUGCCGACAAGCGCAUGUUCCGCGCACGUUUCGUGAAAUUUGCAAUCUUACCCACGUUAGCAAAAAGGUGCUUGGGCAGUGUUACAAGGCGCUUGAGCAAGCGUUCAAUCUGACUCCUGGUGCGUCGGCCACGACAGACCGUCAUUUAACCACACCGGCCGCAGCAAGAGGGCCCGAGGAUCUCCUAGUCCGAUACUGCAACCACUUAGAUUUACCGCCCAAUGUUCAACCCAUUUGCUCCGAUAUCAUCAUCCAAGCGCGCGAACUAGGCAUCGCGGACGGUCGAUCGCCUGUGUCAAUUGCAGGUGGGGCCAUUUAUUUCACUUGCCAUCUACUUGGCAAAGUCAAGAGCGCGAAGGACAUUAGCACGGUGGCUGGUGUCAGCGAGGGAACAAUAAAAUUGGUGUACCGGUUAUACUAUGCUGAAAAGGAGAAGCUGGUGAAGGAGGAAUGGGUCAAAGAGGGGAAGGCAGAUUUGAGUCGCUUGCCCGUGGACAGCUUCUCAAAAUGA